GUGUUGUUUUGCUGAUAUAUCAAACAUUUUGUUUUCAAAAUCGAUGUAUGUACUGAUGUAUCACUUGGUUAUAUAACUGCCAUGUCGUUAGCCUUCGUUCCCGUCGUUAGGAUCACAUGUUUGUCGUUGUUGUUUUUGUGUCUAAGUUCAUUAUCAUUCAUUUCGUUCAAACAUUUGUUUUUAAAAAGUUUUCUUUGUUUGCUGUUGAAAUCAUUUCAUUCCAUUAUUUAAAACUCAUUUUAUGUUCAUACGUAUACAGAAUGUUAUAGAUUAGUCCUUUAGUCAAGAGAUCAUGAACAUCUUUUUAUGGAGAAUGUCAUUAGAUAUAGUCUUUUGUCAUUUUUCUUCUUCUGUUUUUGUCUGUAUGUUCAAUGCUCAUUAACACCUGGUGCACAUAAGAAAGAUUAUUUUCAUGUAUCUUUUAAGUGUUUAUUCUUUCCCCUAGAUGAUCAAAAAUCAUUUUUUAUUUGAAAUCUCAUAAACAUUACAUAAAGCAUAGAUGAUUAAGUGAAAAGUUUAUUGCAAUCUCGACCGUAUUGAUUGUCAUGAAGGUUUAUAUUCAUGUGUAAUUGUAACGUGUUUGCUGCGAUGCGCAGGAGUCGUGCUGGCGCUUCGCUAGACGAACGGUUCACGGCGUCGGACGAUGCGGGCGGAGUCCGGCUGACCGUGUCGGCUGCCCGGACCGGAGAUACCGACGUAUAUACACUACAAGCGAGCAAUGCAGCUGGGAGUGACUCGACGAAAGUCCGCGUGGAGGUGUCGGCGGACGAGGCGCCGACCGGCGAGGACCCGCCGACGUUCCUGCGCCGUCUGCAGGACCUGACCGUGAAGGUCGGCACCCGCACGCGGUUCCUGGUCGAGAUUGUCAGCUCUACUGAGUGCAAGGUGAGGAAACGACUUAAAGGCUUAAGAAAAUUAACACAUGGUACUGUAUUGCACGGAUAGCCGAGUGGUUACGGCCAUCACGCCGAAAUUACAGCUCGCGACGUAUCGCGUGUUCGAUCCUUGCAAAGGACAAGCAUUUGUGAGAUCCACGAAUACUUGCCCUGAGUAGCUUAAGUAUAUGUUGAAUAGAAUGUCUGGGAAACCCUCGCGAAACAAGGAUUAAAAUCUGUAAUGUGGGAGUUGGUUUAAAAAAAAUCUUAGUCAGAAUUUGAGGCAAAUUCAGAAAUGCUCAGUUAUUAUUGUUCUCUGUAAAAUUAACGCGUUCUCAAUGUUAAAAUCACCGACUGUCUGUCUUAAAAAUCAGUACAAUUUCACAGAGGAAUUGAACGCAUCUCACAAAUAUAUACCUCUAUCGCUUUCCCUUAUUGAAAUCAAUUUCACAUAGAUUAGCCUCGCAUGUCCGACGAAGUUAUCUCUCGAAACUCCAGCGUUCUACGAGUAGGAUUACAUGAGUAGUGUCUGUUGAGAUCAGUAGGUGAGAUCAAACCAAGUCGGUCAUCUCAGUCCGUGUCACCGCCUGUAUUGAUAGCGUGUUUGCUUUGGCGCCGUCGCACAAAGCGAUGCCAGGGCGACCAGCGCGAUGUGGAAUAUAUUGCCAGAAGUGUGAACAUGAAUUCAUUGAAUAGAGUUGAUUUGUGCCGUAGUUUGUUUGUCUUGUUCACCUAAUUGGUUAGUAUUUUGUUAACCACAUAUGAAUCAAUGUUAUUUAUACACUAGCUGU